AUGGAGCAAGCGAAUACAGGCGACCUUAACUGGCGACUCAGCGCGCAUCCAAUAACACUACUUGUCUUCUUAGGGAUCCGCAUCGGUGCCUUGCUGAUGUAUCUCUUUGGUGUUUUGUUCAUUCGUAACUUUGUGCUGGUCUUCAUCCUGACCCUGCUGCUCUUGUCAGCAGACUUUUACUAUCUCAAAAACAUUGCCGGACGUCGGCUCGUUGGUCUGCGAUGGUGGAAUGAAGUCGAUUCGGCUUCUGGCGACUCGCAUAUGGUGUUUGAAUCAUCCGACCCAAAUGUUCGCACCAUUAGCGCCACGGACAAGCGGUUCUUCUGGCUGAGUCUGUAUCUGACACCGGCCCUUUGGGUUGGACUGGCGAUUCUUGCUAUUGUUCGGUUGGUCGGCGUGAUUUGGUUGAGUCUUGUUGGAAUCGCAUUGAUCCUGACAAUAACCAACACCGUCGCAUUCUCGCGGUGUGACAAGUUCAGUCAGGCCUCGACAUUUGCCAAUCGGGCUUUGGGUGGACGGAUGGUGAACAAUCUCGCAGGUAGUCUGCUGGGCAGACUCUUCCGCUAA